UUGCUACUUUUAUCAGCAAUUGACAUAUUUCCACUGAACAACAACUUGCUUAAUUACUAAUAAAUUUUAAUACUUUUUGAAAAAUUACUGUUUAUCAACACACACACAAUAUAUGGAAGUUAUUUUUGAUUUCUGGGUGUAUGUAAUGCCUCCAUGGAAAUACCGCAUAAAAGAAUUCACUAUUUUAUAUAUCACUAAAUCAACUGAUGAAGACAUUUCACUGAUUCACGGUGUUUUUCUACCUCCCUAUGAUUACACUCUGCUAGAAAACGAAGUAAAAGAGCAUUAUAAAGAAAAACAAGCAAAAUAUGGGAUUCCAUGGGAGGCGGGAAAUUUGAAAGUGAAAAGUCAAAAGGCAAUUAUUAGCGAUCAUUUAGUAUCAGCUGAUGUCAUUUAUGUUAGAAACACUCUAAAUGAGAAUAUUUUAAACAGAUUAAUUGCCAUCAAUCCCACAGUGAAGGUUAUUGCCUUAGAAGAAGAACUCGGAUAUGAUGGAAAAGUGAUGAAAACAUAUUGUCAGUAUCAUGAUGAUCGUGACAAUAAUUAUUGUACCACUGAUAAUAGCAAGCACAUGUAUCACUGGCUUAAAUGCCGAAUCGAAAGACUUAAACGCCCGCGCGAGAAAUCAUGUGAACGUAGUUACUAUGUUAGUAAUAAAAAAUGUAUAAAUUUCAGAAUUCAGUCGAAAUUACAUUCGCAUGAGACCGACGAACAAAAGUCUAAUUUUAAAAUAUGCUUCAAUGGCCAAACUUGACCAUCAAUAAUUAAUGAAAUUUAAUUGAUGUAAAAUUUAUAAAUUAAUAUUAUUUUUUAAUCACUACACUGCAAAUCUAAAGACAACCCAAGUGUUGAUUUCUACAAUAGAAUAUUCGGAAAUUCAUAACGGUAAUGCCAUAAAAAAACCAUAACAUUUUAGACAUACCUCAAAAUGUCUACAUUUCGGCGACACAAAUGCUAUAGUUUGUUAGCAGAAUUGAACAUUGUUCUUGCACGACUAGUAGUAUGGCAAUAACCUAUGUUAACAAUAAAUUUGGAGAUAAAUAAUAAUAAUGACGAAAACGAACUAAAACUUGACCAUUCGAAUUUGCUUGUUACAUAGGUGCAAUAUUUUUGUGCUAUUAAGUUUAGUGUUUAGUCUAACUUCUAGCUAAGCUAUAUACAU